CAAGUGUUAAUCCAGAGAUAAUAGAAAUUUAUUUUAAACAUUUUGGUUUAAAUAAUAUAAAUACUGCUUCUAGUGAUAAAGCGAUAGGUGAUUAUUUUAUAAUUCAUCUCAAAAGUUUUCUUAUGAAAAAUCUACUUGAUGAAUUAUCAAAUAUUAUAAUUACUCAGAGUUUAAAAGAAUCUCAUGAAUAUGUUUUACAUUUUAGUGUUGUUUUAUAUUUUUAUGCAUACUCUUUUUAUAAAAGAACUGCUAAUUUUUCUAAGGAUAUUGAAUUUUUAAAAGCAGAUAAAUUUGCUAAGCAGUUGCAAGCAAAUAAGUCAAAUAAAUUAAAUAAAAGACUUGAAAUUAAUGGUCAUGAAAAUGCUAAAUCAAAGGAAUUAAAAGUUAUCAAUGAUAGUAUUAAAAGGCUUAAAAAUAGUAAUAUUGAACAGUUAGAAGCACAAUUAGAAUACUUUAGUAAAAAAGUAACUGAUUCAGCUAAUGCAACCAAACCAGCUGGAAUGAAAGAUAUAACUAUUCAAGAGGUUUUAAUGAUGAAAAGUUUGUAUUGGUUAGUGAAGGAACUAGCAAAAGAAACUGAAACUAUUAAGCAAGAUCUAAAAAAAGGAGAAAAAUUUGGUAAUCUUUCUUCAGAAGAGAAAGCUGAUUUAGCCUCGAUUAGUAAUUAUUUAGAAACAGAUUUACUUAGGGCAGACGAUCUCGAAAAUAUCUUUGAAAUUGAUGUUGACAUUUCUGAAAGUAAAGUUGAAGAAUGA